AUGUUCUUCUCAACGCCCCAUAAGGGUUCACCGCACGCGCGAACCCUCAACCAGUUCCUGUCCCUCAUGGUCGGCACGUCUCGGAAGGUUUACAUUGGAGAGCUCGAGACUUCUUCAACAUCGAUCGAAGACAUUAACGAGCAAUUCCGAAAUAUUUGCAGCCAGUGGAAACUCAUCUCUCUGUACGAAAGUCUCCCGACUAAAUUGGUGUCGGGCAUGAAGAAAUUGCUAACCCUCGAGAAUGGUGGAACAGCUUCUGAAGAGUCAAAUCGACCGCCUUCUUCCAACGAUGAUGCGGCGUUGCUUAGGGAAAUUCUUGGAGUCCAGGAAGAGAUACAAGACGACUUCCGGAAACACCUCGACCGCGCCGCGCAUGGAUCGUGCCAAUGGCUCCGCCAAGUCGAAAGCUUCCGAAGGUGGCUUGAUGCAUCCGACGGGCCUUCCGAGGUGCUCUGGCUCACUGGCCCUCCCGGGUCCGGUAAGUCUACGCUGGCAGCCAAGGCGAUCCAGCACAUUCAAGGGGGCCUUCAGUGCCAGUAUCAUUUCUUCGUAGAUGCUCAGCCAGCCAAAAGAAGCACGUCGUAUUGCCUGAGAGCCAUCGCGUACCAGCUAGCGUUGGCAUACCCAAGAUUUGCAGAGAGGCUCCUGGAGCUGCACAGGCAAAUCAAGUUCUCUGCGGCCCUCCUGAAGUUCCAGGUAAUCUGGGACACGAUUUAUGAGAACAUCGUUUUUCAGAUGGAUUUUGGUUCCACCUUACAUUGGGUGCUCGAUGGACUUAACGAAGCCGAUACGCCGAAAUCCCUAUUGCAGAAUUUGAUUCAAAUGCGCCCACAGACCUCUAUCAAAGUUCUUCUUCUCAGCCGACCAAAGCGGGAACUCACGAAUCUUGCCGGGUCGCAUCCCAAUUCGGUUUUGGUAGAGCCCAUCUCGGCGGCCCACACGAGGGCCGACAUCAGUACCUACACUCGAUCGGUCGUCGCCGAGGUAUUGCCCCGGGACGAGUCACUCCAGCGGUUCAUAAUCGAGCGAAUCACAGAGAAGGCUGAGGGUUCUUUCCUUUGGACAAAGCUGGUCCUGGACUCGCUCUCGGACAACUGGCACACCAAGGCUGAUAUCGACAGAGCGCUCGACCUUGUCCCCGGCGACAUGCAAGCCAUGUAUAUGAAGAUGAUGGAAGAUGUCAAGAGUCAGCCUCCCCGUCUUCGGGACCUUGGGCUCCGCGUGCUCACCUGGGUGGCCUGCGGCUUUCGUUGGCUCACCGUCGAGGAACUGGAGGCUGCGCUGAAGCCAGAUUUUGAUGGCUUCGUGGACUUGGCGGAGACGGUAGUACAGGUCUGUGGCCAGUUCGUCCGCGUCGACCAGGGUACUGUUUGUCUCAUCCACGGAACCGCCCGCCAGUUUCUCCUGGAUACAUUGUCCCCUGAUGCCCCCAUCAAUCAUGACCACAUAGCUGUUGUAUGCUUACGGUAUUUGUGCAACAAAAAGUGGAGGCAGGUCCUCAGUCAGGUUCCGGAAACUCAGUACUCUACGUGUAUGAGUGGGGAUAGGCUAGAGUCCGUCUACGAUGAGUUUCCUUUCCUAAAAUACGCCAUGAAUUUCUGGGGAGGCCACGUCAGCUUGGCUGACCCCAAGGCGCCUGAUUUACUUGCGACCUUGCGGCUAUUUUGCAACAGGUAUAUUCUGCUCUGGAUCCAAGCCGCCGCUCUCUCCGGAAACCUUCGAAUCAUCCCCAGGGCCGCACAGUACCUGAAGAAGUGGUUACAGCGGAGCAGAAGGAUUGGCUCUUCCGAGCCGCACCAGCUGGCCGAAGAUCAAGAUGAUAUGAAUGUUAUUUUGGCUGAGACGGCUUUUCUGGAGCAAUGGACCAUAGAUCUCAUCCGACUCGUAUCAAAGUUUGGUAAUAUCCUGGCGCAAAACCCUUCUGCUAUUCACCGGCACAUUCCUCCGUUUUGCCCGCCUACCUCUGCCGUCUCGUCGAGGUACUUCGAAAACACAGAAAACCCACUGAUUACCGUCAAUGGGCUUACCACCGAGUGCUGGGACGAUAAUUUGGCGCGCCUCUCAGUUGGCCACGAAGAGAUUGCAUCCCGCGUUAGGUGCACGGGAAUCUAUUUCUUGACAUUGGUCAGCCGCAACGGCACGGUGAUCGUGUGGCACAUCGAGACAUGUGAGGAGCUGCGUCGGAUAUGCCACGGUGAGUGGGUCACUGUGAUGGAGACGAACAAGACGGGGAGUUUGGUGGCAACCGCUGGGCGGUACACCAUUGCCGUCUGGAGCAUUUCCACCGGCACGCGGCUUUACUCCAUACCCAAGCCAAGUGGCGCCCGUAUUAUGAACCUAAACUUCGGUCAAGCUAGUGCCGAGCUGGCGGUAGGCUACGAUGAUUGCUCUCUCAUACGGUACGAUUUGGGGACCUUGCAAGGGACGACUAUUUUGCCUACGCAGGGUCUGGGCGUUCUGGGAAACUGUCCUCGUUUCAUGGUCCUGAGCCCCAGUCAUUCGAAGCUCGCCAUCGGGUUUCGUGGAAAGCCGGUUGUGGUUCAGGAUAUGGAACGGGAAUCCCAGUCGGACUCGCGGACAGUUAUCCGCCUCGACGAUAUGAAUCGUUCGGAGGAUGGUGAGGAUGCCUUCAAUUCCCCGGAACUUGCAAGAUGGCAACCUGAUGGAUCCGUUCUCUAUAUCCUCUACCAAGACACCACGAUUCUUGCUUGGAACGUGAUCGACGAUACCCAAGUAGAGUUUGGGAACACCGAGGCGCGGGAGAUGGUCCUCAAUGAGGAAGGAACCUUGCUUCUCACAAGUAACAACCGCGGAUCAGUUAGCGUUUGGCGGCUGCCGAAGUUCAACCUCAUAUACAGAUUGCAGUCGAGCGAGUUCGUCCGUGACCUGGCCUUUAGUCCGGAUAGCCGACGUAUCUAUGACGUCCGGGGUUCCAGAUGCAACGUAUGGGCACCAGACGUCCUAGUACGGGUGGAAGAGUUAGAUGUGGGCGAAAGGUCUAGCAAUCUCGACGACGCAGCCGUAUCGGAGGUUGUCGGCGACGCCGUCUUCGCUGAGGAUCAGAGCCAGAAAGGGCAGGUAACUGCGUUGGUAUGUGAUAGCGAAGAUGAGUUCUUCUGCUGUGGUCGAGAUGAUGGAUCCGUGUCCAUUCAUGAAAUCAGCAACGGCACAAGAGUCCGCAAGGUCACUAGGCACUCAGCGAUGCUCAGCGUCAUUGCUAUUGACUGGUCUUCGUCCCGUCGCUUCAUAGCAUCCGCCGACGACUCCGGGAAGGUGAUUGCCAAGAGACUCAGGAUUAAAGAGGACAAUAAAUGGGCCGUCUAUCCCUUACUUGACCUGCGAGUUGAGGGGGCCGUUGCGCAGCUCUUGUUUAACCUUGAAGAGACCUUUCUUCUUAUUAGCACCGAUACCACGGACCACAUCUGGGACUUGAAGACAAGGUGUCAGGUUUGCAAAAAGAGAAGAGAAACGGAGCAGAGAUGCAAGUGGAUAAACAAUCCUAGCCGCAUGGAUGAACUUGUGCGCGUGGAGUCAAAUCAGCAGCUCGUCUUUAAGUGGAAUAGUCUCGAUCGUGUAGAGAGUGGAGAAGCAGAAUCAAGAGCACUCACACCCUCCCUUGUGUUGUCUGUUGAGAGUAGUCCUCCGCUAACCCAGGAAACGGUCAACACUGUUGUUUUGGCCGAGAGUGGCCGGUAUCUGAUCUACGACACCUUACAGGGGAGGGGGUCCAAACGGAGUCGUGGACUACGGGUUUAUUUGGUCCGAGUUCAGGGGCCAGGGACGUCCUCUACGUGGGAUGCUAUACCUUUAUCAGGUAUGGAAGACAAGGUCAGCUAUCUACUGGGCAGCCUCGGGGACCGCCUCCUUUUUUUGGACCACGACAACUGGGUUUGCAUAAGCACUAUCGGCCGGGAAAUGGGCCCCAUCAAACGCCUUUAUUCCUUACCGCGCGACUGGGUUAACGAUGAGACCAUACAUUUGACACUGGUAAACAAGAAGGGUGCUCUACUAUGCCCCAGAAAUGGCGAGGUGGGGAUUGUUAACUGGAAGGGAAGGUUUUAG